AUGCAGCAGGUAGUGCACAUAGAUGAGAAGUGGUUCUUCUUGAACCCAGAUACAAGAACAUUCUAUCUAUUGCCUAAUGAACCAAACCCCUACAGGUGCCAACAGUCCAGGAGGUUCAAGAUCAAAGGGAUGUUCAUGGCAGCCAUAGGGAAGCCAAUCUUUGACAACCAUGGAGGACUGAAACAUGAUGGGAAAUAUGGAAUUUUCCCUUUUGUUUAUGAGAGCACAACAAAGAAAAAAAGCAAAAACAGAGAAGCAGGGGUAGUGGAAGUGAAGGCUACACAGAAUGUUAACAAGGAAGCCAUAAGGGAAAUGCUUUUAACUAAAGUAAUUCCUGCCAUUAAAAGCAAAUGGCCAGACCAUCUAUCUAAGGAUGUAUGGAUUCAGUGGGAUAAUGCCAGACCACACCAAAUUCCUAGGGAUGAUGAAUUUCAAGAAGCAUGUCAAUCAAAUGGUUUCAACAUACAAUUCAUUUAUCAACCAGCUCAAUCCCCUGAUUUGAAUGUCUUAGAUUUAGGGUUGUUUAAUGUGAUACAAUCAAUUCAAUACCAAUCAUUUCCUAGAAAUCUAAAGGAACUCAUAGAGAAGGUAACAGAGGCUUAUGAGUUGUUCAACCCAGUGUUGAACAAACGUUGUUGGAUAACUUUACAAUGCUGUAUGGAAGAGAUACUGAAGGACCAAGGGGGGAAUAAUUUCAGCCCCCCACACAAAGGGAAGAAAAGACUGGAAAGACUGGGCAUGCUACCUGAAGUGCUACAAGUGGACAGGGGUUUGGUUCAACAAAUUGUUGAAUACCUCAACACCAUUUUCAUUCCAGCAGGUGAAGUGAAUCAGGAAGAUGAAGCCAUGCAGGUGGAUGCAGACUAA